AUGGCAUCAUAUCAGGCUUUACCACUUGUACGUGAUGAUUUUCGUUGUUCUCUUUGUCGACAAAAAAAUGUUUUUCAUUGUGAACAUGAUACACCAUAUCGUGAUCAAUUAUUAGGUACGUAUGAACUAGAAAAAUCAAAUACUACAAUAACAACGAAUAAUCGAAGAGAUUUUCAACGAACCGGUGCAUCUAAUAAUACUUCACUCAAUAAAAAAAAACAAAAGACGAAUACGAGGCGAAAUAUAAAUUCAAAUUCUGGUAUGCGAAAUCAACAGAAUAAAAAACCAAAUAACACAUCAUUAUCGAAUACAAAUACAAAUACAAAUACAAGUGGAAAUACAGUUACAAAUACAAAUACACAUACAAAUACAGAUACAAAUAGAACUACAAAUACGGAUACAAAUAGAAAUACAAAUACGGAUACAAAUAGAAAUAGAAAUACAACUACAACUACAAAUAGAAAUACAAAUACAAAUAAUUAUAAAAUGACAAAUGAACAAAAGAAAAAGAAAGGAUGUAUUAUUUUAUAG